AUGUGGUUCCCUCUCGCCGCCCACUUCUCCUCGCCCACUUCCCCUCGCCUACUUCCCCUCCCCUUCUUCCUCUCCCCUACUUCCCCUCCCCUACGUCCCCUCGCCUACUUCCUCUCCCCUACUUCCCCUCGCCUACUUCCCCUCGCCCACUUCCCCUCGCCCACUUCCCCUCCCCUACUUCCCCUCGCCCACUUCCCCUCCCCCACUUCCCCUCGCCCACUUCCCCUCACCCACUUCCCCUCGCCCACUUCCCCUCGCCCACUUCCCCUCGUCCACUUCCCCUCCCCUACUUCCCCUUGCCCACUUCCCCUCGCCCACUUCCCCUCGCCCACUUCCCCUCGCCCACUUCCCCUCGCCCACUCCCCCUCGCCCACUUCCCCUCACCCACUUCCCCUCCCCCACUUCCCCUCGCCCACUUCCCCUCGCCCACUUCCCCUCCCCCACUUCCCCUCGCCCACUUCCCCUCGCCCACUUCCCCUCGCCCACUUCCCCUCCCCCACUUCCCCUCGCCCACUUCCCCUCCCCCACUUCCCCUCGCCCACUUCCCCUCCCCCACUUCCCCUCGCCCACUUCCCCUCCCCCACUUCCCCUCACCCACUUCCCCUCACCCACUUCCCCUCGCCCACUUCCCCUCCCCCACUUCCCCUCGCCCACUUCCCCUCCCCCACUUGCCCUCGCCCACUUCCCCUCCCCCACUUCCCCUCGCCCACUUCCCCUCACCCACUUCCCCUCACCCACUUCCCCUCGCCCACUUCCCCUCGCCCACUUCCCCUCGCCUAG